UUGGCUACUGAUGGCUACUUCUUGGCAGUGCCUGGCGUCAAGCCUUCCAAAGACGGUGCUUACCUUUGGCCUUACUUCUCGAGCAAACCUGCGGCGAUCUUGUUUGUAAAUCUACUCCUGGGUUCUUUUAUCUAUAUUGGCUGGAAGAUUUGGAAGACUCGUCCUCGUUUCUGCAUCGUAUUUGCAUUAGGAUGUCUCUUCGAGGUCAUCGGACACAGAGCACGAGCCAGCGCUCACGAUAAAACCGAUCGAAUCUUGACGUUUGCCCCCCCGAACAUGUUCGUCAUUGUCGCCCCUGUCCUCUUUGCCAUAUCAACCUAUGUGGCCCUCUAUCGAUUUAUCACGAGCAUCCACGCCGAGAAAUUCUCAAUAAUCCAGCCGUCGAGUUUGACGAAGACAUUGAUCCUUGGCGACCUUUUCGUUCUUCGUUCACGGGGAGGGGUUAUCAUUAUCGGACUUAUAAUCCAGAUCUUCAUGUUCGGUCUGUGUUACACCAUCGUCGUCAUUCUCCAUUGCAGGAUGAGACGAGCACACACUCCCGACUCUCUAGACAGACUGAUUCCGUGGUAA